UGACUGUGGGAAAGGUUUCCAUCAUAGGUCAAAACUUAACAUACAUCGGAGGGCACAUACUAGAAAAAAUCCUUAUCAAUGCAAUGACUGUGGGAAAAUGUUUAUUAAUGACUCAAAACUCAUUUUACAUCAGAGGAUUCAUAUUGGUGAGAAGCCAUUUAAAUGUAAUGAUUGUGGGAAAGUCUUCAGUCAUAGGUCAAAACUCAUUAUACACCAGAGAAUUCAUACUGGUGAGAAGCCAUUUCAAUGUCAUGAAUGUGGGAAGGCCUUUAUUCGGAGUUCCACCCUCCUUCAACACCAGAGAAUUCAUACUGGUGAGAAGCCAUUUCAAUGUCAUGAUUGUGGGAAGGCCUUUAAUCAGAAUUCCCACCUUCUUCAGCACCAGAGAAUUCAUACUGGUGAGAAGCCAUUUAAAUGUAAUGAUUGUGGGAAGGCCUUUAAUUGCAUUUCCAACCUCCAUAAACACCAGAGAAUUCAUACUGGUGAGAAGCCAUUUAAAUGUAAUGAUUGUGGGAAGACCUUUAAUCAGAAUUCCAACCUCUCUGUUCACCAAAGAAUUCAUACUAGUGAGAGGCCAUUUCAAUGUAAUGAUUGUGGGAAGGCCUUUAUUCGGAGUUCCACCCUCCUUCAACACCAGAGAAUUCAUACGGGUGAGAAGCCAUUUAAAUGUCAUGAUUGUGGGAAGGCCUUUAAUCAGAGUUCCCACCUCCUUCAACACCAGAGAAUUCAUACUGGUGAGAAGCCAUUUCAAUGUCAUGAUUGUGGGAAGGCCUUUAAUCAGAGUUCCCACCUCUUUCAACACCAGAGAAUUCAUACUGGUGAGAAGCCAUUUCAAUGUCAUGUUACUGGGAAGGCCUUUAAUCAGAAUUCCAACAUAUAUGUUCACCAAAGAAUUCAUAAUAGUGAGAGGCUAUUUAAAUGUAAUGAUUGUGGGAAGGCCUUUAAACAGAGUUCCCACCUCCUUCAACACCAAAGAAUUCAUACUGGUGAGAAGCCAUUUAAAUGUCAUGAUUGUGGGAAGGCCUUUAAUCAGAAUUCCAACCUCUCUGUUCACCAAAGAAUUCAUACUGGUGAGAAGCCAUUUCAAUGUCAUGAUUGUGGGAAGGCCUUUAAUCAGAGUUCCCACCUCCUUCAAUACCAGAGAAUUCAUACUGGUGAGAAGCCUUUUAAAUGUAAUGAUUGUGAGAAGGCCUUUAAUCGGAGUUCCCACCUCCUUCAACACCAGAGAAUUCAUACUGGUGAGAAGCCAUUUAAAUGUUAUGAUUGUGGGAAGGCCUUUAAUCAGAAUUCCCACCUCCUUCGGCACCAGAGAAUUCAUACUGGUGAGAAGCCUUUUAAAUGUAAUGAUUGUGAGAAGGCCUUUAAUCGGAGUUCCACCCUCCUUAAACACCAGAGAAUUCAUACUAGUGAGAAGCCAUUUAAAUGUAAUGAUUGUGGGAAGGCCUUUAAUCAGAGUUCAAAUUUAAUUGUCCAUCAGAGAAUUCAUACUGGAAAGCGUAUUAAAAAAUCAUGAAUGUGGUAAAGAUUUCAAUAAGAGAACAAACUUCCUGGUACAUCAGAGAAUUCACACUGGUGAGGAACCUUAUAAAUGUGAAGGCUGUGAGA